AUGAGCAGAAAUACGCUAAGUUGUCUGUCUUGUUAUAAACGCCGCCGUAAAUGUACAAAAAGUAGUGGCUCAGACUAUGUUAACUGUGUAAACAAGCAAACUCCAAACAAUACUAGACAGGCUGACCAAGAUGGAAGUGCUAAGGAGACCUUAUCACUGUCAACCAUUAGCCACACUCCGGGUGCUGGAGACGGGGGUUCAGCUAGUUUAGGCGACUGGUCUACGGUUCACCAACUAGAUGGAAUUGAUGCUUCUAAAGUGAAUUUAUUAUGUGAGGGCAGCAGCAACAAUACGUCAUCUGUAUUAGGCGUUCUCAACAGGGUUGAGUUCUGUGAUCGUUUAGAAUCCAUAGUUCUUCGGCUUGAAAGGAUAGCGCAAACAAUAACACCAGAAAAAACUCCUGGACUGGUUGCUUUUGAACUGAUUAUUGCUAAUAGCCUUAAAAACUAUAUCGCAUGUAGUAGAAAGUUGGGAGGAAACAUACAAUCUCAGUCAUUAUGUGUUCAAAACGCCUUCGGCUUCGUCAGGGAUCUCAUUGAACUAUCCAACAUUUAUAGCAAACCAACUGAAGUGGAUAUGGAUAUUCACUUAAAGCCUCUUCAUUUUAAGAUGAUUGAAAUAGCAAACUUCAGGGUUGGAGCUAUGUCUGUACGGAAGUGUCAGUUAUCAACCAUUGCAGAUUCGGUCCUUAUACUGAAUUGGGUUGGAUCUUCUUCAGCAUCGCAGUACGUUAAAGAAUUGAAGGACUCAACAUGGUUGAACGCUAAUAAAGUCUUUCAGUAUUGUCGUGAGAGCCUUCCUGAACAUGUUGAAUGGUUACGCUCAUGGCUUUCUUGUCUGGAUGAAUUGUGCGUAGUCGUUGGAGAGCAUUUUCCAUACGGUCUAAAAUGGAAUAAAAGUGGUCCCAAACUACCCUUACCAACUGUCGAAAUACGCCCAGUUCAGUCUUUACAAGAGGGUCGUACCAAUACACGUGAAAGAACUUCAACAAAGGGUUUUCAUCCCAAAUUAUCAGUACAAUCACAACCGGAUCCAGUCGAUGUCACUAAGUUGUUUUCUGAAUUAGCAAGUGCUCAUAAAAAUUUACGUCAUAUCAGUGUACCUGAUAUACUCUGA